AUGUUUGCCGCCCUGGAGCAGUCCCCAGUGCUCUACAGCGACUCGAACUUGCUGUGCGCAUCAUGGAAGGGUCGCGUGCCGCACAGCGAGCGAGAGCGGCCCGUGUGCCGGCGCCGAUGCUACCAGGAAGGCUGGCUCGCGCUGGGCAAUGCGCACGGCGUGGUGGGCGUCACCUUCUGCAGCUCUCACUGCCGGCGCGAGCGCCCCACCCCGCAGCGCGUCAACUUCAACCUGCGCGGCCACAACAGCGAAGUUGUGCUUGUGCGCUGGAACGAGCCAUACCAGAAGCUGGCGACAUGCGAUGCGGAUGGAGGCAUCUUCGUGUGGAUCCUGUAUGAGGGGCGCUGGUCUGUCGAGCUCGUGAAUGACCGCGGGGCCCAGGUGAGCGACUUCACAUGGAGCCACGACGGCACGCAAGCGCUCAUCUCGUACCGCGACGGCUUCGUGCUCGUGGGCUCCGUGAGCGGCCAGCGCCACUGGUCCUCGGAGAUCAGCCUGGAUGACAGCCACAUCCUGUGCGGGGUGUGGACCCCUGACGACCAACAGGUGCUAUUUGGGACGUCAGACGGGCAGGUGAUUGCCAUGGACUGCCAUGGGCGCAUGUUGGCGCAGGUGGUGCUGCACGAGUUUGACAGCGUUCAGGCACUCACCUGGAACUGCCCGGACUUUCUGGUGGAGGACUCAAGCGAGAGCGAGUCCGACGGGGACGAGGGAGCCACGCUUGCUCAGGACGGGCCUUCGAGCGAGUGGAGCGCCCCCCUGCAGGGCCCGCGCACACUGCUCACCGUCAUGUUCGGCUCGGGUGACGUGGGCCUCAUGAACAACUAUGACGACAUGACGCCCACACUCGUCAAGACCGCCCUCAAAGACGUGACGGCGCAGUGGAACUCGGCGGGGGACAUCCUGGCCGUGGCCGGGCAGGAGAAGCAGCCCAGCCAGGGGCUCCCUGCCGAGCCGCCGGGCCUCUUCUCGCUCUCACGGAGCCACGCCGUCAAGUUCUACAAUGCGGCCGGCUUCCUCAUCUACACGUUGGACGUGGCCACGCAGCACCCCAUUUCGUCUCUGUGCUGGGGCCACCGCGACACGCGCCUCUUCGUGACGGCGGGGCCGGCGCUGCAGGUGGCGCGCGUGGAGGUGGGCGUCGCCACGCUGCAGCUGCUGUGCCAGCAGGUGCUGGCGGCCGCCCUGCGUGACGACAAGGCCGUCGCCAAGUUGGCGCUGCCGUCGCGCCUCGCCGGGUACCUGCUCUCCGCCUUCACGCCCACCAUCAAGCCCCCGAUCCCAGACCCCAGCAACCUGCGUGACUUUGUGAGCUACCCGCCGGGUGGCAAGGAGCGCCUGCACUGCACGAUCCGCCGCGUGGACGAAGAUCCCGAGGGCGGCGGGCCCUCCUACGUGCUGUUCCUGGAGCACCUGGGCGGCCUUGUGCCCAUCCUCAAGGGCCGGCGUGUCAGCAAGCUGCGGCCCGAGUUUGUCAUACUCGACCCCAAGACCGACGGGCGGCUCGACGAGGUGGGUGUGUGCGGUGCUGCCUGCUCCGUGUUCGACAGCUGCAACUGCUCGGACGCGAGCGACAUUGAGCUGGGUGAGGAGGCCCUCGCUCGCAAGUCGCCCAAGACCUCGCGGGCGAGCCGCUCGCCCCGCCUCCCAAGGAUAAACAUGGAGUCGCGGCGCUCGCCUAAGCUGACACGGUGCAGCCAGGAGGGCGCCAAAUCCCCACGCCUUCCCAUCCGCAAGCCCUCGCUGGGGUCGCCGAGCCUGGGCCGCCGUGAUCUCUACCUGGACGACGGCCUUCAGCAGCACAACUACUUGGCUCAAGUGACGUCCAACAUCUGGGGAACCAAGUUCAAGAUCGUGGGGCUCGCCCCCUUCCUCCCGGCCAACCUGGGCGCCGUGAUCUACAAGACGAGCCUACUCCACCUGCAGCCUCGCCAGAUGACCAUCUACCUGCCGGAGGUGCGCAAGCAGACCCAGGGCUACGUGUCGGUGGCGGCCUUCACGCCGGGGGUCUUCAGCGAUGAUGAGGACGAGGGCGCAGUGGCCGGGGCCUCAGGCCAGCGUGAGCCCAGUCCUCCGUGCUCCAUGAACAUCCCCAUCGCCCCCAUCUUCAGCUCGGCCCAGUCGAUCUCUCCCACGCAGAACAUCGGCUUGGCACAGAGCCUGCUUGCCAAUCAGAAUGUGCAGCUCGACAUCCUGACCAGCCAGAGGCCGGGCCAACCUGCAGCCUCCAACCACAGUCCACAGCAGCUGGAGGUCCCGGCCAAUCAGAGGCUGUCUCAGGUGGCUCAGAAUGUGCAGUACGACGCUCUGGGCGGCCAGAGACUAGCGCAGCAGAAUCUGUCCAAUCAUAACGCGCAGGUCGAUUACACGCUGGCCAAUCAGAGGGUGGCCCAGGCGGUGCUCGGGGGUCAGUUCCCGCACAUGGACGUGCUGGCCAAUCAGAAGGCGGCGCACGCGCACAUGGUGAGCCAGUCGGCGCCGGGAGAGAAGCUCACCAACCAGAGGGCGGUGCAGACAGUUCUGGCCAACCAAAACACCCAGCUGGACAUGCUGGCCAAUCAGAGGGCCGCGGCGCAGGCCCAGUUGGCCAAUCAGAGCGCCCAGCGGGAGAUGCUGGCCAAUCCCCGCACGUCCAUCGGCGGGGCGAGCGGUCACGUUGGGCCGCUCGACGUCAUCACCAACCAGGCGGCGGUGGCGGCUGCGGCGGCGGCCUCGGCGUCGGAGCGUGGCGAGGCGGAGCACUACAGCACACUGAAGCGCAACUCCAACCCCGCGCCAGGGCAGGCCUUCUUCGGGGGAGCGGACCACCCCGGCAGGACCAGCGGCUCGGCACAGGCGUAUGCCCAGCAGCCAGCGCCGCCUCUGCAUGCGCAGCACGCGCCGUUCCCCAACCAGCAGAUGCUCCACCAGAUGCAGCUCACCGCCCAAGCCAUGCUGCAUAGCCAGCAGACGCAGUUCAACCAGCAGGCGCUCCACUCGCAGGCCGGCCAGCAGACAACGCACAUACAGCAGACGCAGUUCAUACAGCUGACGGCAUACAGCCAGCAGGCCAUGCAGUCGCACGUCCCGGCAGCGGCGGCCUCAGCCUUGGCCCGGGAGAAGGAGACGGCCGCCAAGAGCGAGCUGUUGUCGCGGCAGUACCAGCAGCAGCAGCAGCUGUCAGAUCGCGAUGCGCUGGGCUUCACCAGCGACCACAACGUGGCCGUGGCACACAUCCGCAAGGGAGGGGAGGCGCUGCGGCUGCCCUCUGCAGCCAGCGCCGCCACAACGUUCACUCCCCAGAGUCUGCAAGAUCAACAGCAGCAGCAGCAGCAACACGUGCAGCAGCAGCAGGCGCAGCAGCAGCAGCAUGCGCAGCAGCAGCAGCAUGCACAGCAGCAGCAGCAGCAUUUACUACAGCACCAACAACAGCACUCACAACAGCAACCACAGCAGCAUCCACCCCAGCAGCAUCCACCCCAGCAACAGGUGCAGCAGCAGCAGCACCUUGUGCAGCCUCAGCAGCAGCAGCAACAGCAGCAGCAACAACAACCCCAGCAGCAGCAAAUGGCAGGGCUGGCCUGCACGUGCCCUCCGCUUGCCAGCCUGGGCUACGAGCGCAUCACAACGUUCGACAGCAGCGGCAAUGUCCAGGAGGUGUGCCGCCCCCGCGCCUCCACGGGGAGCACUUCUGGGGCGGGGGUCGCGGGGGUGCGCACCAGCCAGAGCAUGUACGGCCUGCGCAGCCCGGGGCCCGCUCCCAGCUCUCCGCAGUCCCCAUUCUCCCCGCAGGCCCCGCAGUCCCCGUUCUCCGCACAGCCACCCACGCCACCCUUCUCCUCCUCCCAGGCUCCCGUCUCUCCCUUUGGCCAAACGUCGCAGGCGCCCGCCCAGCCUACGGGGCUGGCAGCGGCGGCGCCAGUGGUGGCGGCGCACCCGAGCGUGGCCACGGCGCCACUGGCGCCGCCGCACCCCCCCGCCGUCGCCAGCUACCAGUCGGCGACGCUUGGCCACCAGCCGUCGGGGGUCUCCUACCAGCACGCCAACGCCGCCUUCCAAGCCUCCGGCGCCGGAUACCAGGGGGGCAACGUCGCCGCCCUCCAUCAGGCUCAGUUCCACGAUAGCGGCAAGCAGCCGGUGGUGCCGCCGCCACCGCAGCAGCAGCCGGGGGUCGGCACGGUGAAAAGAGGGAGUACAGAUCUCGUGAAGUCGGGCAGCGAGAAGCCGGCAAUGGCGCCUGUAGCGUUUAACCUGCAGGGCCAGUCAGCGCAGUACGCGCGGGCCGCCAACCCAGUGCAGAGAGUCGCCUCCAACACGCUGCCCUCGAAAAGCUCGGGGCAGUCGGUGAGGCUGAGCGACGGCCAGAGAGUCACGGCGCAGGCGAAGGCUCCCAACGCGGCCUUCUCCGCAGAGACCUGCCCCUGUCAGCUGAGACCGCAGCAGGGGCAGCACGCUCAGGCCCAGCCGCAGCUGCAGCAGCAACAGAAGGGGGAGGGGUACCAGCAGCAGCAGGCCAGACUGCCGGGAAACGGCGGCCAUCACGGUGCCUAUGUGGGACAAAGUGCCGGUGCCACGGCGACCAAAACGAUGGAGCACUCGAGCACACGGCAAAUCCAGCAGCAGAUUCAGCAGCACCAGAUUCACCAGCAGCAAAUACAAGCGCUGCAGCAGCAUAUCCAUCAGCAGCAGCAGCUGCAGCAGCUGCAUCAGCAGCAGUUGAAACAACAACAGCAGCAGCAGCAUAUGCAUCAGCAGCAACAGAUGCAGCAACAGCAAAUGCAACCGCAGCAGCAUCAGCUGAUGCAGCAGCAGCAACACCAGCUGCAGCAGCAGCAUCAGCCAUCGCAGCAACAACAACAACAACAAAUACAGCAGCAGCAAAGUAUUCUGCAGCAGCAACAGCAACAGCACCAUAUGCAACAGCAGAUUCAACAACAACAACAGAUGCAGCAGCAGCAGAUUCAGCAACAGCAGCAACAACAAUUACAACAACAGCAGCAACAACAAUUACAACAACAACAAUUGCAACAGCAACAACAACAACAAUUGCAACAGCAGCAACAACAACAAUUACAACAGCAGCAGAUUCAACAACAGCAAUUACAACAGCAGCAACAGUUGCAACAGCAGAAACAGCAGAUUCAGCAGCAGCAGCAAAUACAACAACAGAUUCAGCAACAACAGCAGACGCAGCAACAGCAGAUUCAACAACAGCAGACACAGCCACCACAAAUACAGCAGCAGCAACAGCAGCAGCAGCAACAACAGCCGCAGCAGCAGAAGCAGAGCACUGUAAUCGUGCACUCUGUCAGCAUCUCGCCGCUGAGCUCACAGUCCUCGUACAGCUUGCUGAGCCCGGCCGACCCCUGCCGCGACCAGACCGAGUACGUGAACGGGGCGUUCUCCGAGGAUGACGCAUCUGAAAAAUCCUUUAAGAAGGAAAAUGCGACCGCAGCAGCAACAGCAGCGGUAGCCAAAGCGGACCCGGGCCAUCACAAAGAGGCCGGCAAAGAAGGGAGCGUGGAGGCCAAGAAGCCGGCGGAGUGCCAGACGGAUGGACCAUCCGUGCCGAUCACCAGUUCCCCCAAACCAUCGGAGGGUCGCAGGGCCUCGUCGGGAGAGAUGCCUGCGGCCGCGCCCACCAAAGUUUCCCAGAGCCAUCGCGGCGCCACGAGAGAGAUGGGCACGGACACGCUGAAAAGAGAGGUCUCCAGCGUUCCGGCCUUACCGAAGUCCGCGCAACUUCCCGGCCGAGACGGCGGCUCCGCGGUGAGCAAGCCCGCUCAGUGCUAUAGGGACGUGCAGACGCUGAACCCUUCGCGAGACCAGUGGCUGCAGCAGGGCGGCAGGGCCAAGUCUGUAGCCGGGCACUAUGGCACGAUGAUCCCGACGUCACACCAAGCGCAGGCCAAGCACGCCGGAAACUUUCUCCCGGCAGCGGUAGCUGCCGCAGCACAACGAUCCCAGAGCAGCCCUCGCGGUGCGCUCAGCGGUGGCAAUGCCCAAUAUUAUGCCACCAUGAGACCCACCAACAUGGCCCGAUACCAGCACAACUACAGUGGUAGCGGCGGUGCCGCCACGCGCCACGCCGCCGUGCCCGUGGCCUACACCAGCAGAGACACCGGCGGGCUGGCGGUGCAGUACGGCGACGGCGUGACGGUGCCGCGGCAGGCGCUCGCCAUGAACUACCCGCCCGCUGCCGCCGCCGCGGCCGUAUGCCUCCCGGCGGCCGGCCACUACGCCACGCUGCCUCGGCCCAACAUCUUGGUGACCGGAGAGCCGCGGGCGAGCGUGAGCGUGCAACCGUCAUACACGGACCUGGCACAGCGUUACGCCACCAUUGCCCGGGCAGCGCAUGCCGGAGAGCGGGGACAGCCGGCGCCGCAUCAGCAGCAUCAUCCCCAUCAGCAGCAGCAUCAGCAGCAGCAGCAUCACCAAGGUGCUGCAGGGGCUGAUGCCGCGGCCGGCGGCACCAUCAUGGGCCUGGCAGGGGCCGAGGCCAUGUGCGGUGGGGCGCGGCUUCCCGACCCCGGCUACGGAGAGAUGAUGCCAGCGGAUUGCGCCAGCUCCUGCCGGGUUGACAAGCCAGGCGCACGCAAGGACACGCGUCUGCUUACUGACCUCAACUCGCUGCUCGCGAGUCCCAAGGCCGGCCGUGGGGACAAGAAGAAGGGUGGCGGAGGCAGCAGCAAGGGCCCGCUAGGCCGGGAGCCGCUGGCUGGUGCCGUCGCCAAGGCCCCGUCCAGCAAGAAGAUGCUGUCAAAGGGCGGCGGCGGUGGCAGCGGUGGCGGGGGCAGCGGCAGCCUGAGCGGGGGUGGCGGGGAGUUCCAGGACAGCUCAGAGAGCGAGCACGAGGUGGUGGUGAGCGGGGACGAGUUCACCUCGAGCCAGGGCCCCGCAUUCCGCAAGGGCUGGAAGGGCAAGCGGGGGGCACGGGGAGCGGGUGGCAUGGAGGCAGACGAGGCCAAAGGCCGGCGCAGCGACAGGGAGGAGGGGGGCCGCCCGGCGGGAAACGGCAGCGGGGCCGGGGUUGGCGGCGGAGGCGGCGGCGGUGGCGGCGGCGGCGGCACGCAGGGCUUCGUGUACGUCAUGGCCAACAAGCAGCCGCUGUGGAACGAGGCCACGCAGGUCUACCAGCUCGACUUCGGGGGCCGCGUCACCCAGGAGUCGGCCAAGAACUUCCAGAUCGAGCUCGACGGGAAACUGGUGAUGCAGUUCGGCAGGAUCGACGGGAACGCCUACAUCCUCGACUUCCAGUCCCCGUUCUCGGCCGUGCAGGCCUUUGCCGUGGCCCUGGCCAACGUCACCCAGCGCCUGAAGUGACCUCGAACCUCCGCCGACACCGCGCUCUGACGGCCACGACACCGGGCUGGAAACCCAAGGGAUGCGCCACUGCUGUUGAGCUCGAAGCCCGACCUGAAAGUUUGGAAGCAGCCAUGACGUUUGGAAAUCUGAGCAUUGGUCCGAUGGCCCAAGCUUUGUUUAAUUUUUUUAAGCAGAGCGCUCCUGCCGUGAGCCGCGGAAGCCUUUGCGAUCGGCGAUCGGUGGUUGUUAUGUGGCGUUCAGACAGCGCAGCCAACUAGGCCCCCCCGGGACGAACAAUUCCAUAACAAAAAAAGUGUUGAUCUUGCUUACAUUUCCUCGGUGCUUAACGUGCUCCAAGCCGCGCGGCCCCUCAGCGGGGGGGCCGAGCCGCACUGUGCGGCAAGACGUAGCGUGUAGUUUGUCGCCGCAUGUCUCAUGUCGUCUCUUGAAUGAAAAUGUUAAAGUAUUUACAAGCAAACUGAGCGUCUCUCCACCGCACUCUCGCGAAAUGGAGCCUGGCGGAGGCGGCCGUAAGGGACGAAGUUGUUGCAUUCAGUCGGUCAAGGCGCCUGCCGGGGCGGCGAGGGGGGAGAGACGCGGGAUCUGUUCCGUCGCCGAGCGGGGACCAAUCGCCGGGGCCCGGGUGGCGUGGCAACGUGGACGGGUGGCUCACGCGAGGACGCCGUGCGUGGUGCGCGUGUCUCGUCCAAUCCGCGCCCUCCACGGCUCCGUGGGGGGCAGGCGCCGUCCACAGCCGCGAGCGUCGCACUCAGCUUGCGGGUCGAUAUCGGAGCUACUUCUGCAGUCGCCUACGAUCCUCAGCUUCUGCGGCAGAUCGCUCGUUCCCCUGUGGCGCGUGCGAGUGUUGCGCUCGCCGGCUGCGUCCGCCCGCAGAGAAGCCCCGUUGUACGUCUCCAGCCACCCGACACGGUUGGUGAAUCAUGUUAAGGCGUCGUCGCUUCGCUCUCGCCAACAAUAUUAAGUAUUAUAUAUUCACAAGUGAAUGGCCAAGAGAACGAUGGCGAAGGGCGCAGUAUUCUAAAAUUUGGCACAGCACUGUGAGCACAUGUUGAGGCGUGGGUAGACGGUGGAGAUGGAGACGGAAUGGUGUGGAUGUAGUCGUAGAUGUAGUCGUGGGAGAGAGGUUUAGCCUGAACUGCAACGGGGCGUUCAAACUAACGUGCGCGCUACCGAUGCGAUCACCAAAUGCUUAAAGGAAAAAACGACAUCGCUGUAGACCCUAGGUGUGAGUCCAUUGUGUUCGUCCGUGCCAAAAGCCAGCGAGCCGCCAUGUUCCCAGCGUUCAUGAGCGGCAGUGGCAUCGUUAUUCACAGCUCGAUGCCCAGCGGUGUCGCCACACGGGGCUCCAUGUCCAAGGUGGUUGCUUGCGCGUGUUUCCGACGGCGACCCCUAGCCAUGACCCCUAGCCGUGACCCCUAGCAGUGACCCCUAGCAGUGACCCCUAUCCGCGACCCCUAGCCGUGACCAGGGCCAUGGGAGUGGGAAUUCAACCGCUGACCGCUGACCCCUGACCAGGCAGGCACAGCAGUAGAGCUGACCCCUGGAUUAACCAGGAGGCCUCUGUGCAAGCGUAGCGUUGGUCAUUCUUGGACAGGUCAGCCAGAGAUGUUUCUGCCCAGCUGCGCGGUAACAAUUAGAAUGCAAAAUCGGCUGAAGCACGACUUCGACCGAGAGCUCGUGGACGUACGCAGUACAACGCGGCACGCACGUACCGCCAUGAGGAGGGCGCCAUUCGUUGAGUACAGGCGUCGGCGGCAGGUGCAGCCGGGUUGUGAUGAUGCGCUGUGUGGGACAUGGCCACGCAAGCCUGCUCAGUUCUGCAUCUCAUUCGAAGACACGGGUCCCGGACGGCCGCGGUGAGCAGGCAAGUGUGCGUGCAUUAUCAGUGCUUUGGAAAAACGACCUACGUUGCGGCAGCUUCGUUCGGCGGGGCUGAUGAUGGGAGCCGUUCCCUUUGCUCGACUUGAAGUUGGCCCAGCCGCUUAAUUAAUUGCCAGACCUUGAGCUGUUGAACGGUGUUUGCGGACGUGGGUUGUUGCCAGUGUUCUGAACCUGCCUUCGUCGCGAACCACCCUCGCGGGGACCGAUUUGUGUGAUGUUGGCCGGCCGUGCGCGUCGGCCUCGCCCGCCGCGUCAACCGUGCGUGGAGACGCGUGCGUUCCCAGCGACGGCGCGGUGGACUGCGUCGCACCUUGUGGAGCUUUCCGCAAGUCUCCAGCAUGCGUUUCUAAUUCAAGCACGCGUCCCUUGGUAAGCCUGCUCUUUAGCUCAACGUCACAUUGUGCGGCCACCGCGGGAAGUCAGCUGGCAGAUGCGGCGCUGUCCCCGCACGCGAGCAUCGGACUGCGCUGGCUGCCUCGAGCCGUGACCGGGGAGUUGGCGCUGCCCGUGCGUCACGGCGCUGCGCGGAGGCCACGGCGCGUUUGACGCGGCCUGGCGCAGCGACCGCGAAGGAGGACGAGGGGGCGGCUCUAGUUGGUCCGCUGGCCGAGCAAGCUGAUCGCCGUGAGUGGGGAAGAUCGACGACUCAGAACCUCGCGCUGCGUUUGGGCUCCAUUCUGGCCAAUGGGAGGGUGCUGUGAGGCUCCUGCGUCUGGCACCGUUUGAGUCCUGUGGAUGCCCCGUUGCCACCCUUCUGUCCGGACACAGUCGCUCACGCCGCUAUUUCUCCACUCGCUCUCACCAACGUUCCUCACGCAUGCCAACCCGAUCGCUGUCUCUUACCUGCCGUUGACUGCCAAUCUUGUUGUUGAGCUAGUUUGGUCUUUGUACCUUGAGAGAAUGGUAAAGUAUUAUUAUAAUGAUUAGUGUCAUCGUAAUGGCCUGAACACCAUAGUGAAAUGGUAGAAUGGUCUGUGACGCCGGUACAAAAUGAUAAUGGGGUCGCAGAUGUGGAGUCCUUUACAACAAGGGCCAGUUUCCAUAUGGGUUGGCACCGUUUAUGUUACUGCCACUCGUGUGUGUAUGUGUGUGUAGGUUGGCACCGCGUGUAUAUAGUUCUAUGUUUACGGUUGGCAUCGCACAUGAGGCUUCAUCCUGCCGAGGCAUGACACAGUCGUGUCGCAUGCUGCGUGAUAGCUGCAUGCUUUUUAAAGUCCUAUGGGCCCCGUAGGCAAUGUGUGUUACACGCGUGUCCCUGUGCCGUAUUAUCCCCGUGUCCCUGUGCCGUAUUACACGCGUAUUCCCGUGUCCAGUGUCGUAUUACUCGCGCGUGUCCCCCGUCGUCGCGUUGCGUGUUGCAGUAUCUCUGACUACAGGUGGCUGUCGCCCUGCGUCGCUGCCCAGCCCUGCGGGGCUGUUCCCGCUGCCACCACCGCCGCCGCCCGUUCCACUGAAGCGCGCCGUGCGGCCUGCCUGGCUCUACUCGUCCUACGUUCUAGUUUACAGACACGACCCCACUUACGCGGGCGUCGAUUCUGUGCGUGCUCACCCGUGCGUUAUUUAUUAUUAUUAUUAUAAGUUCUGUGUACUGUAUUGUAAUACGCGUGCGUCCGUGCGUGUGUCUGUACGGCCGUGAGAACAACGUCGCUUGCCUGGAGGAGUUUUACUACCGCGCUGCCGAGUAUCGGAACAAAUCCACCGCGAUAUUCCGCUUGAAUUGAGUGCAAUAAGUGAAGCCAGUGGCACGGCGGGCGGCCGAGGAAGGCUCAGGAAUUCAAAUCGGAUUUCCAAGCAACAAAAAUUCUCACAAUUUCCAAAUGUGCUUUUGCGCAUCCCCAUCAGGACACGAAAGAUCCGUUUGUAAAUCUGGCCGAGCGGCGCCCUCCACCCCCUCCGCAGCAGGUGAGACGUCAUCAACAAUGACGAGCACCUCCGGGGGUACAUGCCGUUAUUGAGAGCGAUUGUAUCGGGAACUGGUGGUGCUGCUUGUGAAGCGAUCGGCACCGUCACUCGGAUCGCCGGGGGGGGGGGGGGGUGGGCAUUGUUGGUGACGUGACAGUGAUCUGGUGUUCACUCCGACGAGGGGUGAUGACGGCCCCUGUCUGCCUGCCCCUGGCCAUGGCUCAUGCGUGCAGUGUUUGCCAUUUCUGAUGCUUGCUAUCGAUGGGGACGAUCCCUGUCCUGCAGGACUCUGGCCAAUUGGCCCAUUGCGAGUUAACUGGCUAUCUUUAAAGGGGGGCAGUCCUUGGCAAAUCAGAGUUAACUUCUCACCUCCCCAUUUUACCCAGACCCUCAGCUGCUCCCGAGGGGGUCCCUGCUGUGCCACUGGCUGUGUUGGGAGGGGGUGGGGGGGAUGCACUGAACUGUGGCGUACUGAGCAGCUCAAAUUUCUCGACGUUCAUUCAAACUGCGGUCGAGGCCAUGGAAGUCGUGUGGCUUAUGUGCCUCAAAAGCAUUCCCAGGGAUUGUCGGGAAUCCGUAUCCCGUAGUAGUCAGAAAUAAGCCCUGUCCCCCUUUACAUUUUCACGCAUGCACACUCCCCGAGUGUGACUCCAUGUGGUGUCCUUGGUGACUUUGCUGUGUGGUGAGGGUGCACGCCCCCGCCCAGUCACCCACGUUGGUUGCCCCGCAUCGCCCUGGGGGCAGUGGCGGGGCGGAUGGGGUCCGGCCGCUUGCCGUGGAGGCGCCACGAGAGCACCUGCUGCUGCUCCGGCCACAGCGUGGCGCUCUCCGCAGUGGUGGACAGCGUUAGACGUAGACUGACCGUGGCGUGUGUGCGUCGUGUGUGUGUGUGUCACGCUCGUUCGCUUACUACCCAGCCCGGAAACCCCAAGGGAAGCGCCUCGCCCCGCGCCGCCGCGCUGUUUGUCGGUGCCCCCCGUGGGUUCGUGUCCCGUGGCAGUCUCGAUGGGGGCUGCGCCCACGUGCGUUUGUGUGCCCAGUGAGUAGCGCGUGGUUCCAGUCGCUGAAAUAAUAAAAUAAAAAGUCCUCAAUGUUUCAUCAA